AUGGAAGAGGGUCAUAUACAAAUGGAUAAUUUGGAAGGAUAUUAUCGACAAGAAAUAGAAAAAUUUAUUGAAAAAUUCGAACAGAAAAUGAGCAAACAUUUAGAUUCGUUACAAAAACAAAUUGCAAAUGAAAAACAAAGAAUUUUUUCAUAUUCACAUAAUAGCAUUAAAAAUUUAACAGUGAAAUCAAGUGCUGCUAAAAAGGAAUGCCAUAAGUUCAUUGAAAACUUUGUUGAAUUGCACCGUCAAAAACACUUGAACGAAAUUUCUCAUGUUGGCAUGGAUAAAGAUCGUCAAUUUAUCGGUUAUGAACAAUUAAGAAAACUUAAGCUAGAAAUAUAUUCUACUGCGGGUAUGAAAGAAGAUGAGCAAGGCUGUGAAAAUAUACCUGACAGAAAAAAACGUAUCAAAGAUAUUGAAGAUGAAAAACCAAAUCAACCUCUUAAAAGAACUGUUUAUAUUGGAAUGAAUGAUGGUUUACUAUUAGGAAAGCGUAAUCAAGGUCAAUAA